CAAGUUUGAGAGCAUUCAACAGCAUUUGACCUGGUAGCUUUCGUUGUCGCCGCCAUUGACAUUUCCGUACCAUUGACAUCUCCGCCAUUGCCGCCGCCCGUCGACGCUGAGGACUGUCCGACUGCCUACUCUAUCCGGCCGUCACUGGACAGGAUUGGCAAGCAUCAUCAGAUACCGUACCGUGCACACGCUCUGGCAGAGAGGUGAAACUUGCGCCAUGUCUUCGAGAUCAGGCACUUCCAAGACUAGACUGCCAGGCGACCUUGGAGCACGAGAUCCGCGAAGGCCCAAGUCCCCGGCACCUAGUUCGUUGCCUGGAGAUCUUGGUCCCAACGACCCACGUAGAGGUGGAGGCAGAGCGAGCAGCCGGCCACGGAGUUCCGCAGGAAGCCCUGCGCCAUCAACAGCUUCGGGGCACACCCGUAAUGCUAGCGACGAGGUCGCAACACGCUUGCAAGAAGACCCGCCAGAAAUUGGCAGACUGCGAGAGGACAGCGACUCGGACAAGGCCGAUGCUGAUAACGACAAUGACACCGAUGCAGAUGACAGCAAACGUGGUCGAGCCAUGAAGAGACCCAUUCCGGGACGGACCACUUCUGGCAAGGCAAUUAAUGUUCGCGAAGACUCGUCCGACUCGGAAGCGGAAGAGCAAAGUCAGAGCCAGCCUGCUAAGGAGAAGCCCGACCCGACCAAAGGCCAGAGCAAACUAUCUUUUGCCAAGGAGCAGAGGAAGUCGCGGCUGGCCAGCAUGAGCCCUUCUGGUCGGAGACGUGUGCAUCCUUCGACCGCCUACGAUGCCGGUCUCAGCGGCACCAACACCCCAUCACACUCAGAUAAUGAGUCUGCUGUCGAGAUGCGAGCUGCACAGAAGCUGCCUCUUUCUGUGAGUGGGAUCCACAGUACUCCCUCGGCCCAUCGCGUCAUUCGUCAGAUUAUACGCGGAGACUUUGAGCACUUUCAGCGCGAAGCUGAAGAAGGCCGUCAACGUCAACGCAUGUACUUGGUUGCUACAGAUAUAUCUCCAGAAGCUGAGUAUGCUCUUGAAUGGACGAUUGGCACUGUCCUCCGCGAUGGAGACACCCUCUUCGCUGUCUACGCUGCUGAUGAAGACGCCCUUGGAGAUGUUGGAGGCGUGGAGCUAGGUCAUGGUGCCGAGAGUGUGAAGGACACAGCUUCCAUCCUGAAAGCCAUGCCCACCAGUGUACAACCACAGACAAACAUAACCGGACCGUCACCACUCGCGAGAACCAGCCUAGGUGGAGACGUGAGAUCUAGAAGUCGAGGUGUGCACGGUAGUGCUGAUGCUGAGCGUCGCAAAGCAGUGGAGACCGUCACGGAACGUUGUGUAAGACUCCUGCGUAAGACGCGACUUCAAGUACGCGUAGUCGUUGAAGUCUUCCACUGCAAAUCUCCUAGGCACAUGGUCACCGAAGUCAUUGACUUCCUCUCGCCUACGCUGGUUAUUAUUGGUUCCAGAGGGCAAAGCGCUAUGAAAGGCGUGCUACUAGGAUCCUUCUCAAACUAUCUUGUCACUAAGAGUUCCGUUCCUGUGAUGGUCGCUCGUAAAAAGCUACGUAAGCCUAGCAAGAAUGCGAAGAAACUGCAUAAGGACGGUCUCGAUGUUGCGUAUCAGAACACAGGCAGAGGCGGUCGCUUCAGUAACGUCAUCCAAGCGCCCAAGGGCAAAGGACUGAGAGUCGAGGGAUGGGAGAAGGUGGGAAUCGAUUAAUAUGUUGAAGAGACAUAACCUUUUGGCCAGGUAUCACAAGGGUUUGGACUAUCACUGUGCAGUUGUUAAUAUCGAGAAGUCGUGCUCAAUACCUCUGUAUAUCAGGCUCUCGGGGGAUUUUUCAAGACUCAUUACGGAUUCAUCACGGCUCCCGAACCAAAUGCGAACAUGAUUCAUCACCGCCGAGCCUACCUUGCCCCCAUACUCAGCAGAUCACGAAAAACGACGACGAAGGAAACCUUCCUUCACUGCGCUCUUCAUCUGGCAAAGGGAAGACUGGAGACUCCAAGUUAUGGGAUGAACACGGGAGGUGACACGAGCCACCUUGAUCUCAUAUUUUUCUGCUGCGGACACAUGGAAACAAUCCAAGUCUAAGGAAGAUGCUUGUCACACUCAUUCCUGCGGAACGAGUUGAUGUCGGAUCCCGAUAUAGAUGCCCUCUCGUUCUUUCAACACGAACGAGUUCGUCUCAGAAGCCAUUGGUAAACUAUGUAGCCUUCGCGUUACAAGAACCACAAUGCGCAUUAUCAAUAACAUAGCCACCCAAAUUCGUAUUUUAGUAACAGCCGUUGCUUAACGAGAUGCACGGUGGCGCUACAAUGGCUUCCAGAACACAGUCUCUGUUCAGGUUCUACCACUUCCAUUGCUGUCACAUCCAUUUUGAGCGAAGGCGUCAAGUCCGGUUCCUUCAUACCAUUUCGAGGCACUUGCACGGAAAGUUCAGGCAGUAAUAUCAUUGAACAUAAACAACAGUGCCUCUUUCGACUUCUUUGGGGAGCGAGAGGACCAAUAAGGCUUUACUCAGGUAUCUGAUGGCAUCCGGUUGAAACCAA